GGUUUGUUCCAAAUAUGGUAUAUGAGGCCAUAACAGAGUUAUGCAUGUUUUUCCGUGUAUUAUGCUCAAAAACAUUGCAUAUGGAGGACUUGUACAACAUGAAACGCAGUAUUGCUCAAACCAUCUGCAAGUUGGAGAAAAUAUUCCCUCCUAGUUUCUUUGAUUCCAUGGAACACCUAAUCAUACAUUUAGCUGAUGAAGCAAUUCUUGGUGGUCCGGUGCAAUACAGAUGGAUGUAUCAAUACGAGAGAAAGUUGGGCAUAAUAAAAAGAAGAAUUAGGAACAAAGCAAGGGUUGAAGGUUCAAUCGUCAAUGAACAUCUAGUGAAUGAAAUCGCUACCUAUUGUUCUUUAUAUUUUGCCCCCACGGUUAAGACACACCAUAAUCAAGAGCCACGAAAUUUCGCACCACAACAUGACAACUCUUCAAGUGGAGAUAUAUUAAGCGUAUUUGCCUUUCCAUAAAGAAGAUUACAUGAAAAGGGUGGAAAGAAAAGACUCUUGAAACAUGAAGAACUUCACAAAGCACACACUUACAUCCUACUAAACUGUGCAGAA